UCUUUGAGCUGGUUUUGACUGGCUCGUGGUUAAAAAUGGCUGCGACUGAAGAUGCAUUUUGACAGCUCGCGAAAGUAAUCUUGGAAAGACUAGCUUGAUGGAAGUUUACGAUCAGCUAAACAUGAGCAAAGUUAAAUAUAAUGAGAAAAUUUACUUUCAACGUGUUUUUAGCACGUCCUGCAGUUGUGCUAGCAGCUAUUCUAACUUUGUGCAUGUGCUCAGUGCUAGUGAGCAUGUACUACAUCCACAAUAUUGUUUUGGCUUCCCCCUUGGAAAUCAUGAAAGCAAACAGAGCCCCAAGACAGAGUGGGAGAAUCAUCGGAGAUGAUAAAAGUUUUUUUGUUACCAGCAUAUAUCACAAGCAACAAGAUUUGCAUAAUGCAUCCGAGAAUUCUGAUGAAGGUGCUCCUCCUGUCCUCAAUGAUAUUGACAUAGCUUUUCAUAUUGAAAGGAAAAAAACUGACCUUAACAGAAAAUUAGAUUCUCAGUCACAUAAAAAGAUCAGGAAAGAAGAUAUGUGGCCUAGUCAUGAAAAAGUACUGAAACGUAGGAAAGCUUUUGUGCCUCUUGCUAUGCAGACUUACAAUAAUCCUCAACGUACAAGAGAACACUGGAAUGGAGAAAAAUAUAUUGUAUAUUUGUGUCAUAGUAAUAUAACAUGUGCUGGAUGGGGCGAUCGACAACAUGGCAUCUUUUCUGCAUAUUUACUGUCUUUGGUUACAAAUAGAACUUUUAAGGUAGAUAUGCAAAGUCCCUGUCCAUUAUCAAAACUAUAUCAUCCUCGAAUGAUCAAUUGGAAAAUAAAUCAGUCUGAGCUUGAAGGGUUGUCAAGCACUCAUUUGUAUGCCUUAAACGAUCGCAAAUUUAGAGAAUCAAUGAAAGUAAUAGACUUUGAUGAAGAGUACCCGCAAGAUGUUGUAUAUCUUACCACUAAUUAUGAUUAUUUUUAUAAUCUUAAAGCUAAUCCUGUUUAUAAGAGCAUUUUUAGACAAAAGGUUAAAGGUAGACCACGACCGAUUCUUUUUGCUGAUUUAUGGCAGAGUAUAUUUAAAAUGAAUAAGAGGGUUAUUAGAAAAUAUACUCCAGCUCUUAAUUAUGCCAGACCAACAAAACAUCAUAAGCUGGCUUGUGCACAUAUUAGAUUUGGUCGAAAUCCAACAAUACCAACUGAUGGGGACAUUCGAAACACUUUAACAACUAUUAAGCCCUUGUGGUCUUUUCUUGAGAAACAUUCAGAUCCAUUAAGCUAUAGAAUUUUUGUUGCUAGUGACUGGCAAGGCUUUCGUGACAAGGUUAAAAGUUUGUACAGAAAUAUAACAAUUGAUAUUGAAGGGGAUAUAAUUCAUAUUGAUAAACUAAAAGAUCAACGAAAAAGAGAAAAUUCUACAAAUGUUGCAGAUCCAUGCACUGGUUUUGAGAAAGUAAUUGCUGAUCAAUUUGUUUUAAGCAAGUGUGAUAUACUGCUUUUAACCUACAGUGUUUUUGGCAAAGCUGCUGCAUAUUUACGGAGGUCUAAUAAUGACUUGUAUUUAAUGGAAAAUGGAACUAUUAAAACAUUAAUGCUGUUUGAUGACAAGAAUCAUUAAACAUUGCUUAAAACUUUAAACAAAGAAAAACACUGAUGUCUUUCAAGUAUUUCACGUACUGUAUUUUAAGUACUCUGACAACAUAUUGCAUGCUGCCUACCUGAUUUUUUUUUUUUCAUUAUAGUUUUAUAUUAACUGUAGUACCAAGAAUGAGUAUUACUAUUAUUAGGGUAUUCAAUUAAAAUGCUCGAACUUCU